AUGAAAACAAUCGAUUUGAAUAAAGAAGAAGAAAUUCGGCAAACUGAAAAUGAAAUUUUCGAUUUAGAAAUAGAAGACAAUCAAUUAAAUGAAAAAAAAGAAACAUUACAAAUAUUAUCUGAAACCAUUUCAGAAGAUAGCGAUAAACUUCAAAAAAUUUUUCAAGAUGAAAAACGACAAUGUAAAAAAAUUAAAAACCAAAUUCAAAGACUUGAAGAAAAGCUUCAAUCAUCGGUUAUUGUUAUUGAAUUUGCUGAGAAAAAUAUCAAGGAUAACGAAGAAAAUCGAAAAGAAUUCGAAAAUUUUCUACGAACUCAAACAACGGAAAUUAUUCUUCGACAUGUUGAACUUCAAAGUUCCCAAUUAACUAAAUAUCAACUUGGAAAUCAAUCUCAUUUAGCAAAAUCUCAAGUAAAAAUCCUGGAAGACGAUUUAAAACAAUCGAAGAUAAAAUUAGACGGAAAUAAAAAAGAAACUGAAAAUGUUCAAAAAACAAUUCGUGAUCUUCAAAGAAAUAUUGAUCACGAACAUCGAUCAAACAUUGAUAUUCAUUAUGCAAAAUUAAAUGCAAAAGUUCAAAUAAAAUUUAUUAAACACGAAAUUUCAAAAAUGCCAGAAAAUAUUGAACAACUGAACAACGAAUUUAUGAAGAUCGAACCUGAAUUAAAUAGAAUUUCAACUGAAAUCAAAUUUGUUUAUCAAAAAUUAUUUGAUUGUGCACGAAAUUUGGUAGAGGUUCAACCGGAAAUCUUAAGUAAACAAUUUAAAAUCAAUAAUUAUCAUCAUGAGAUAGCUGAAAAAGAAGAUGUUCAUCGAAAUUACAAUGAGCAGCAAAGUGAAUUUACAAUCGAUCAAUAUAUUUAUCUUUAUCCGGCACCUCAGCCAAAGACUAUUGAAUGA